AUGACGAGUGGCGACGAUGACGAUAACAACAAUAAUGAGAAUGAUGCUCUGAACAGAAGUGAUAGUGAUAAACUGAAGAGGAUAAUGGCGCCAAGAAAAAAAUUUCCAUGGACCAGUGAGAUUAGGGAGUUAUUAUGUGACGUCGUCCAGUUGAGGCUAGUCCAUUACAACAUGUCGCGCAUCAAAUCUCAGACUGCUGACGAGCACAUCAGGCAAUUCCUGGACGCCGAGGUCAAGAAUCUUUGGCCACCUGGCUGGAUGCAAACGAGGAUUUUAUACAAAGAAAGCAAAGUUGUGCACCAAAGAUUGACAAGUGCAGAUUCGUGA